AUGUUGAUCCCCAAGGCCGACCGCAAGAAGAUCCACGAGUACCUCUUCCGUGAGGGUGUCCUCGUCGCGAAGAAGGACUUCAACCUCCCCAAGCACCCCGACAUCGACACCAAGAACCUGUUCGUCGUCAAGGCCUGCCAGUCGCUCACCUCCCGCGGCUAUGUCAAGACCCAGUUCUCGUGGCAGUACUACUACUACACCCUGACCCCCGAGGGUCUCGACUACCUCCGCGAGUGGCUUCACCUUCCCGCCGAGAUUGUCCCCGCCACCCACAUCAAGCAGCAGCGCUCCCACGCUCCUCCCCGCGGCAUGCUCGGCGAGGGCGAGCGCGAGAGAAGACCCUUUGGCGGCCGUGGCCGUGGAGCCGUGGUGGCUUUGGCCGUGGCCGUGGCGCCGCUCCCCCCUCGCACCGACAUGUACUCUAAAAAGUGGAUGGCCGGAACAGUCGCGCGUCUGUUAACGUCACAGACAACGGGGGAAACAUCGUGGGAGUUUGGAGGUUAG